AUGGCACAUAUACAGCAGCUAAAUUCUGGAAUCGACGCUUCUAGCCUUAGUCGCGGCUUUUUGACGGCCGCAUCAAUCUCGCUCGAAGCGCCGUCGAUCCUCGUCAAAGACCAGGAUACCAGGCUGCGAUCGACAAAGCAACGAUAUACCCGAGCAAAGUGCGGUACCGUGAAUAUCUAUAAGAUGGAAGUUCUGUUCCGCUAUGCGUUCUGGUAUCUAGAAGAAGCCAGUGAGGGAACCAGUCCUGUGUCUUCGGUUUUCGAAUGA